AUCUUCAAAUGAAUUAUCUCGUAUUUCAUUUGAUUUUUUAUGUUUUAAUAAAUUAAUUCGUUCAUCAUUAGAAGAACAUAUAAAAGAAAAAGAUGAAUCAUUAAUUGAAUCAAUUAUUUCAAUUGAAUAUAUUGAAAAAUUUCAAGGUCCACAACCAGAAGAUGCAUUAAUGCAUGAUGAUUGGGUAUCGAAUUGUAGAUCAUUAGGUGAUUCAAUAUUAGUUGCUUGUUAUGAUACCAAAGUUCAUUUAUGGAAUAAUCAAGGAGAACAUAUAAUUAGUCUUCCAGGACAUACUGCUCCUGUUAAAUCACUUGCUUUUAUUUAUUCAGAUGAAGGUGAACAUGAAUUUAUAAGUGGAUCUCAUGAUCAAACAAUAUUAAUAUGGAAAUAUGAUCAAAAUAAAAAUAAUGUUCAAUCAUUAAUAACUUGUAAAGGACAUCAAGGAACAGUUGAAACAUUAGCUUUACAAAAAUCAUUUUUUUGUUCGGCUUCUUUUGAUAAAACAAUUAAAUUAUGGGGAUUAGAACAACAAGAUGAAAAAUCAAAAUCAUCAACUAAGGUAAAAAAAAUAUUAUUUAAAUCAAAAUUAGAUACUGAUUUAUUUGAAUUAGUUAAAAGAAAAUUAAUUCCAAUAGCAUUAGAAUUUAAUCAAACAGGAGAUUUAUUUGCAUUAAUGGGAAAAUCGUCAACUGAAAAAAAAUUAUUUCGUUUUAAUACAUUAAAAGGAAAAAUUUUAAAAAUAUUUGAUGAACAUUUAGAUAUAUAUAAACAAUUACAUGAACGUUUACAAAGUAAACAACAAGAAAAUGAAGAAAAAAAAUUAAAUUUAAAUAUUUUAAAUAAUGUUGAAUAUUCAAGACGUUUAACAAUUGAAAAAGAUUUAGAAAAAAAUCAUUUUAUUUAUUCUUU